UUCAUAUUGUAGUUGUAAUAAUCUUUUAUAAACUACACUUUAAACUCUUAAAGAAAAAUACACGUAUGAAUUUAUAAGGAGUUCGUGGGUUUGCCUUUUUCUAUUUGUUGUGUUCUUUUUGUCUCUGAAACGUGUGAUUAAUAUUCUCCUUUUCGCUGGUGGGUUUCCAUAAUUCCAUUCUUAUUAUAUCUUAUCUUGAAUCAUUAAGUUUUAACAUGAUUUAGUAAACUCGAUAUUAUGUAGCAGAUUCUGGGAAUUUAUGUGACGAUUAUAUGAGAGAUCUUGGGUUUUUUACUUUGUUGGUAUUUGCAGUGCCUAGAUAUGCUUUAAGGAGCAGUAAAAUUCUUGAUUAACUAAUAAUUCAUUAAAUCCUAGAGGCCCUUUAUCAAUUUCUUACUCCAUCUGAGUAAAUAUACAACUUUCUUGCCUUCUCGUUCUUCUUUCUGUUCUGGGCCAAUUCUUUAGAGUUAAGCAACUGACAAUGUAAUUUGAUGAACCAUUAUCAACAUCAGCAGCAACAGAUGCGGGAAAAUAUGCAGAUGCAGAUGCAGCAGCAGGUGGGCUCUGGAUUGACGCGGUAUCGAUCUGCGCCAAGUUCUUAUUUAACAAGUAUUUUAGAUAGUAAUUCUAGUAGUGGUGGAUUUGGAGGAGAUGAUUUUGAUCAGAUUUUCAAUACUCGAGCUUCAAGCCCUGAAAGGCAGCAAAUAUUUCCGAGAUUCAUGAAUAGUGCUGAUACCAUUAAGCAAAACUACUCAUCUAAUAUGAACCUGCAAUCACAAUCACAACUUGUGCCACCAAUCAAGAAUGAAACUGAGGUUUAUCAACCACAGCAGCAAUUGCAGAGGCAGCAGAGUAAUGAUUAUUCUUCAGUUUCUCAAAUGACAUAUCAAAGUCAUAAUUCAGGGGAUUCAAGUUCUGGUAUGGACAAUUGUUCUAGCAGAUUAUAUGGUUCAAUUAAUUCAGAUCAUGUGGUGCAUAUGAGUAUGGAUGGUGGUGGCCGCAAUUCAAAUCUCAUUCGUCAAAGCAGUUCGCCUGCUGGAUUAUUCGCUAAUAUAAAUAUUGAUAAUGACUUUGGUGCAAUGAGAAGCAUAGGGAACUUUGCAGCCGUUAAUAGUGCUAGUGCAGAAGCUUCGUCUUUCUCUGCUAGCAGAUUUAAGAAUCAAAUGGUUUUCCCCUCCAUGAACCCUUCUUCUACAGGGAUGAUGACUCCCAUUUCUGAAAUUGGGAGUAAAAGCUUUGGAGAAUCUCGUCCAGGUGAUGGACAUUUUCAGGAAGAUUGUGCUAAUGAUGAUGACUACAUCACAGGUUUCCCGGUAGUCUCUUGGAAUGAUUCAUCAAUUCUGUCCGAUGAUUUCGUAAAAGGGCUAGGAGAUGAUGACACUAAGACAUUUUCAAAUAUAAACGCCUCGGAUGAUCAGAAUUCUGAAGGUGGAAAUCCUCCCACAACUCUUUUGUCCCACCAUCUAAGUUUACAUAGUAGUUCCACCAAAAUCUCUGCAAUGGAAAAAAUGUUGCAAGAUUCGGUACCUUGUAAGAUAAGAGCAAAACGGGGUUGCGCUACUCACCCACGUAGCGUCGCAGAAAGGGUAAGAAGAACACGUAUCAGUGAAAGGAUGAGGAAGCUACAAGAACUUGUUCCCAAUAUGGAAAGGCAAACAAGUACAUCAGAUAUGUUGGAUUUGGCUGUCGGUUAUAUUAAGGAUCUUCAGACACAAGUAAAGACCCUGUCAGAUAAGCGUGCAAAGUGCUCUUGCUUGGCUAAACAGAAAUCAUAGACAAAAGGGGCCGCUUUAGGACUUCAUCCCGAAAGAGCAAAAGGAGUCUAAAACGGAAAAGUACUCUAUUUUCUCCAGCACAUAUCUGAAUAAAGUGCUUAGGAUAGCAUUUUGCUGGGGGUGAAGAAUAGAGAUGCCUAAACUGAUUAUAAUACAACUAGUAAUGGCUUGUUCGAUAGGAGUACAGUACAAAACUGAAUAUUGUAGAAAAAGAAGGAAGCUAAAGUGUUAUUCAUUGUACUAUUCAGUACUGCAAACCAAACAUAUGCCGUAUUUGUAUAUAUUUUCACGUGGCUUAUUGUACUUUGGUUGAUGAAAAGCAUCUAGCUUGAUACCCUCUUGUUAACACUCUUCUUUAGGAAUGUUAUACAGCAUUACAUCAA